CACGAGUCGGGCGCCGAUUGGUCCCCCGGUCGCAGUCGCCGCCUCCCUCGCGCGCCACGUACCACCUCCACUCCCGCCAGACCAGGAGGAUCCUCUGCGCCGCGCUUGCGCUUGCACGCACGCACAUCGCCGUCGUCGUCGUCGUCGUCGUCAUCAUCACCACCACCCCACAAUCGCUCGCACGCACCACGCCACCACUGGAUCGCACUCGCCAGGGCGGCCUCUCGCUUCGCCUUCGCGCUCCACCUCUCGCACCUCCUCUAGUGCUCUCUCUCUCUCUCUCUCUCUCUUUCCAAGAAACGCAUGUGACUCGUGGCGAUCCUCUCGUCGGUGAGCUGCUGGGUUCUUUCUUUCUUUGGGCGUCGAGUUCUUGUGGUGCGGCGUGCGUUGUUUGAUGCUGACGGAUAGGUGGGGAGGGAGGAGGGAGGCGAUGGAGUUCAAGAACGGGGGCUCGUCGUCGGAGCGCAGGGCGCCGGCGGCGGAGGGGACGACGCUGGCGAGACAGGGGUCGGUGUACUCGCUGACGUUCGACGAGUUCCAGAGCGCGCUCGGCGGCGGCGGCGGUGGCGGAAGUGGAUUCGGGAAGGACUUCGGCUCCAUGAACAUGGACGAGCUGCUUCGGAGCAUCUGGACGGCCGAGGAGAGCCAGGCCAUGGCCUCUGCCUCUGGCUCGGCCGCGGGGGUGGGGAUGGGCGUGGGGGCGCCGCCGACGUCGCUGCAGCGCCAGGGCUCGCUCACCCUGCCCCGCACGCUCAGCGCUAAGACGGUCGACGAGGUAUGGCGCAACCUUGUGCGCGACGAGCCGCCGCCGGUGGGGGCGGACGGCGGCGAGAUGCCACCCCCGCGGCAGGCGACGCUCGGGGAGAUGACCCUGGAGGAGUUCUUGGUCAGAGCCGGUGUGGUCCGAGAAAACCCACCCGCCACGCCCACGGUGCCCCCGCCGCCAAUGCCGCCGCGGCCUGUCCCGGUGGUCCCCAAAACUACUGCCUUCUUGGGAAACUUCCCCGGUGCCAACGACGUCGGCGCGGCGGCGCUGGGCUUUGCGCCGCUCGGCCUGGGGGAUCCAACCUUGGGCAAUGGCCUGAUGCCCAGGGCAGUCGGCUUGCCGGGCGGUGCUAUCGCUAUGCAGGCAGCGGUGAACCAGUUUGAUUCCGGCGAUAAGGGGAACAGCGACCUGUCGUCGCCGACGGAGCCAAUGCCUUAUUCCUUUGAGGGCUUGGUGAGGGGGAGAAGGAACGGUGCCGGAGUGGAGAAAGUGGUGGAGAGGAGGCAGAGGAGGAUGAUCAAGAACAGGGAGUCUGCGGCGAGGUCCCGUGCACGCAAGCAGGCUUAUACUAUGGAGUUGGAAGCUGAAGUUCAGAAACUCAAGGAGCUGAACAAGGAAUUGGAGAGGAAACAGGCAGAGAUUAUGGAAGUGCAAAAAAAUGAGGUAGAAGAAAUGAUAAAGGAUCCAUUCGGAAGGAGGAAGAGGCUUUGCUUGCGAAGAACACUGACUGGUCCCUGGUGAUGAAUGAGUGGUCGAUGGCAUGUAAAUUCCCACCUUCAUCAGCGACUGUGCAUAAUUUAAUCUGUUGUAAACCAAUGGUCAACGAACUUGUGCUUGAUUAAUCUUGUAGUUUCCCUUUCCUGCUAGCUAAUUAUGAAAAAGCUUGGAAAACUGACAUGUAGAUUGCGUGUAGAGGAAUGAAUCUGUCAGAACAACUUCUUGUAAUCCCUGAAAACUUGUAUAGUGUUUUCUAGGCUUGUAU